ACGAGUGGAGGGGUAAGCGACCGUCGUUAGGUCAAAAUGUCGAUUCAGUACGAGGUGGAACAGCUGGCCGACAGCUACGGGGUCGCGGACUCGUUCCCCAAAGACUUCGGUUAUGGUGAAGAGGAGGCCGACAUCGAGGACAGCCCCGCGCCGUCCGACAGCAAGCCGAGGAUCCUGCUCAUGGGGCUGAGAAGAAGUGGCAAAUCAUCCAUACAGAAGGUGGUGUUCCACAAAAUGUCUCCUAAUGAGACUUUGUUCCUGGAGAGCACCAACAAGAUCUACAAGGACGACAUCUCCAGCAGCUCCUUCGUCAACUUCCAGAUUUGGGACUUCCCGGGUCAGGUGGACUUCUUCGACCCCACCUUCGACUACGAGAUGAUCUUCAGAGGAACCGGGGCUUUGAUAUUUGUCAUCGACGCUCAGGACGACUACGUGGAGGCCCUCGGCAGGCUUCACCUCACUGUGUCUCGGGCCUACCGAAUCAAUCCAGAGAUCAACUUCGAGGUGUUCAUCCACAAAGUGGACGGCCUCUCAGACGAUCACAAGAUCGAAACCCAGAGAGACAUCCAUCAGAGGGCCAACGACGACCUGGCAGACGCCAACUUAGAGAAGCUGCAUCUCAGCUUUUACUUGACGAGUAUCUAUGACCACUCCAUCUUCGAGGCCUUCAGCAAAGUGGUGCAGAAGCUCAUCCCUCAGCUCCCCACCCUGGAGAACCUGCUGAACAUCUUCAUCUCGAACUCUGGGAUCGAGAAGGCCUUUCUGUUCGACGUGGUCAGUAAGAUCUACAUCGCCACGGACAGCUCCCCCGUGGACAUGCAGUCCUACGAGCUGUGCUGUGACAUGAUCGACGUGGUCAUCGACGUCUCCUGCAUCUACGGCCUGAGGGAGGACGGCAGCGGCAGCGCCUACGACAAGGAGUCCAUGGCCAUCAUUAAGCUGAACAACACGACCGUGCUGUACCUGAAGGAGGUCACCAAGUUCCUGGCGCUCGUCUGCAUCCUACGAGAAGAGAGCUUUGAGCGCAAAGGAUUAAUAGACUACAAUUUCCACUGUUUCCGGAAGGCCAUCCAUGAAGUCUUUGAGGUGGGUGUUUCCACGCAGCGUUCGCUUGGCCCCCCGGCGGUGGGCUCGCCCUGCACCAAGGCCGUCGCACUAAACGGCACGCCACGCAGCACCGUCUGAAACACUGGGGCACGACAACGGCAACAACAAGAAAAAAAAAAAAUUUAAAAAGAAGAAAAAAAAAAAAGAUGGUAGAGGGAAGGAAAAAUAUGCAGAGCGCCUGUAGAGGAGAGAGUCUUAAACCGUGGCUGUGCCACUAGGACCCAAAGUACUGUGAGACGGGGACACUGCUGAAUGCAAAGCCAGCGCGCUGAAUCUGCACCUGCACCUGCACGAGACAAGGUUCAGGAUGUGUUUUUUUUUUUUUUUUUCCUCGAGCGGUCGAAGGCUGCGGUGAUGAUAAGCUGCUGAUCUCUCUUCAUGAACCCGCGGGGAGGGAAAACCAACCGAGGUCGGUUUCUGCAGGAACACGGGCCCCGACCCUACUUCUGUGCUGAUUCAAAGAGAAAUCCGUAUAUAUAUAUAUAUAUAUAUAUAUAUAUAUAUAUAUAUCUAAGAAUGCAUGUGAACUGCUGGUCCUAACGUCACAUGUUCAGAGACGGCCUUACGUGGAUGAAGCUUGUCCUCAGUGCGAGCCUCCUCUCAGCACCUCACCACCUCACGCUACCUGAAUGCUGCCCAAAACGCGCCGUUCGCUUUCACUUGUGAAGGGAAAACAGGUUUUUGUGAGCAGCCUCAAAAGGGAUUGUGUUGUCCAUCUAACUUUUUUUUGUGUGUGUGUGUAUGAAAGGGUUUAUUUAGAUCCUAGACUGGGACCUUUUUACCUCCUUCUCCAUAACAGCGGCUUAGCAUAAUUAAACUCUUCUCAGUGACAGUAACUUCACUGUGUUCUCUCCACUGAAAAUCUGACGUUUAAUUAAGUUUGUGAUAGUUUGUAUUUGGACGUUUUUUUUUUCCUUUUACGCAAGCGCUGCCAAAAAGGGUCGAAUAGCCUCACGAGUCGCCACCCAAGCAAGCGGCGAGGCCUUCGCGCUCCACGCAGGAACCGGGUGGAACGCGCACGUUUCUCCACCUACAGGCCUGUGGUUGUGUACUUUUAGUUUUGGCUCCGUUCAUUCCAAGCAUGCGUGCGCGGCCAGCCGGUGCCCUUCUCGUCCGUCACGCCGCAUGCUGAUGAGGCUUAAACCAAGACGCCGCGUCCACCAGGACGGGGGGGGGGGGGGAAAGACCAAACUCUUUUGCUUUAGCCGUCGCACUGAGACCCGACAUGUUGGUGCCUGUGCGUUUAUUUCAGGGAGAGACGCUUCCACGGAGCAGGAACCUGACUCGAUGGUUAUUUUAACGCGAGCGCGGAGCGAAAGGCCGGCGACGCGUCAGCGUUCCAGACACGAAGGCGUUUGGGGGGGGGUUUUAGUCGGCAAAAGUUGUUUCGAUAACUCUUGAAAUCGGGCGCGAGUUCUUCACCUCGUCACCACCGGUCAGCAGAAAAUAAACACUUGCACAUCAGAACUGUGAUGGAUGAUUGAUUACAUGUAUCGGGACGCUAUACCAUGUGAAAUAAAUGAACAUUUUAAUUUUA